AUGGUUUUCGGUUUGAAAUCAAAGGACCACGCAAAUUCAACAGAGCAGGAGGACAACGCUGCUCAACUGCAAUCUGACGUUGAAGGACUACAAAAUGAAAUGAAGGAAUCUGAGAAGGCAGGUGGUAGAGUGCAUACCUUCGACCCCAAUGAGGAUCCACAUAGCAAGAAGAAGGCUGCUGCUAAAUCAUCAGGCGCUCCAGAGACUCCAAAGAAAGCUACAGACGGUGCUGCACUCGACCUCGAUGAUGAUAGCGAUACUGCAAUUGACCCAACGACGACACUCGAUGACGCUGCCAAAGCUACAACCGAUGCAGCUGAAUUGGGCGAUGCUAAGGAUGAUGAAAUAUCAAGUGCAACCCAAGAAGCUGAAUCUGAAGGUGACUUUAUUCCGGGAAAGAUUCCUCCUUGGUAUAAAGUUGGUCAUAAAAUGGCACUCACUGCACUCACAACCAACCUGAAUGAUGACGUUGAACUUAACAAGCUGGCUACACGUUUCUUUGGUAGAUGGUACAUGAAUAGCGGUAUACUCAUCCUAUCCAUGUCCCUCACUAUAAUCAUCGGUAAAUUUAAUCUUGGUGUGGGUUGGGUGCUCCUAGUCCUCGCUGCUGCUAGCACCUACUACAACACCCACAUGAAACGUGUUAAAAGAAAUAUUAAGGAUGAUAUCAGCCGCGAAUUAUCUAUCAAUCGUCUCGAAUCUCAACGCGAAUCUGCUGAAUGGGUUAAUAGCUUUUUAGACAGAUUCUGGCUCAUUUAUGAACCUGUACUCUCCGCUGCUAUUGUUAGCAGCGCUGAUCAAGUUCUCAGUCAGAACACUCCCGGUUUCUUGGAUAGCAUACGUAUGACUCAGUUCACUCUCGGUAAUAAGGCUCCUGAUAUUGAAUACGUUAAGACUUGGCCCAGUGCAGGCAAUGAUAUCAUCCAAAUGGACUGGCGCGUCUCUUUUAAACCAAGCGAUACCUCCAACAUUACCCCCAACGAAGCAAAAAAACAGGUCAAUCCAAAAGUUGUUCUCGCUGUGCGUAUUGGUGUAGGUCUUGUCGGCAAAGCUCUUCCUAUUUUGCUUGAAGAUAUGAAUUUUAGCGGCUACAUGAGAAUCAAAUUCACUCUAGACAAAGAUUUCCCUUUCGUACAGCUGGUCAGUGUUUCUUUCCUCGAGCGUCCUAAAUUCGACUACGUACUCAAACCAAUUGGCGGUGAUACUUUUGGUUUUGAUGUUGGCAAUAUUCCUGGUCUAUCUGCAUUCAUUACUGGUCAAGUACAUGCUAAUAUGGGUCCAAUGAUGUAUCAUCCCAACGCAUUCACUCUCAACAUUCAAGAGUUGCUCGCAGGUACCCCAAUGGAUGCUGCUGUCGGUGUGCUCAAGGUGAAUAUCAACUCAGCAUACAAUCUCUCAACCUCUAAAUUUGGUGGCGGGAAGCCCGACCCCUACGUCUCAUUCACCGUUGGUCCCAAAGUCGGGAUUGACCGAACAGCAACAAUACACAACACAUCCGAACCUACAUGGAACGAAACCAAAUAUCUCCUGCUCACUAAUCUCAACGACAUGCUCAUUAUGAAUGUGUUGGACUACAACGACCACCGCAAGGACUCGGACAUGGGUCUAGCGUCGUUUGAUCUCGCCACUCUCAACGAAGAGCGCGUAUGUGGUGAUAAGAAUGCCAAGUUGAUUUUCGACGAUAAGGUCCAUGGAAUGUUGGACUACGCCGUGCACUUCUUCCCUACGCUCGAAGCUACUAGGGAUGAAGAGGGCAAUGUGAUCCCUCCCCCGGAUCUGCCUUCUGGUGUGGUGAGGGUGAACAUAAUGCAGGCACAGGAUCUCGACAGUAACAGUGGUAAACUUCGUGGUCAGCUCAGAGGCCAGCUGUCCCCAUUCGCCACGCUGCGUGUCGGGAAGAAGGAAAUACAUCGGACGCAAACGGUUAAGUCCACUAAGAAUCCUACCUGGGGUAGCAACAAGGAAUACCUCGUCAAGAAUAAGGAUAAGUCAAUGGUGACAGUGGAAGUGUUUGAUGAUAAGGGUUUCAAUCAAAGUACUUCUCUUGGUUUCGUCUCGGUUAAGUUGCGCGACCUUCUCACAGCUAAGGAGAGAUCAAUCGACUGGUUCUCUCUUAGUAAGGUUAAGAGUGGUCGUAUCAAGAUGGCAGCCACCUUCAAGCCCAUUGAUUUCGAUAACUGA